GACCGAGGCUGGUAGGAAUGAAAGUCAGGCAUUUAGAUCUGUGGGGCGAAGUGACAAAUUGCGAUGUACUACAGCAAGCAAAUUUCCUUUUAUUGAAAUUUCAAAUGAAGGCUACUGGUGUAGAAUAUGCAAGGAUCUUUAUCAAAAAGAAACUCCACAGACUGGUUAGAGUCCUGUGGUGCUGUGAUAAAAUCUGACGUGGCGGAGAAAAUCAAACUAUCUAUAUCAAGGUUUAAUGAAUUUUCCUAUAUGUCCGACGAGUGCACAGAUGUGAAUGGAAAGCAAGUACUCAGUCACUGUAUCCGAUUUCUCGAUGAUUGUGGGCGGCCUACUGAUGCUUUUUUAGAUGUUGAAAACAUACAGAAUACUUCGGCAAUAUUUAUAACGGAAUGUAUUUUGAAAGAGCUCGAUUUGUGGAAUCUAGACCCCAAAAAGAUGGUAUCUUGUUCCUUUGAUGGAGCUGCAAAUUUUGCUGGAAAGCGAGGAGGUGUUCAAGCCCUUCUCAGACAAAAAAUAAAUCCGAACUUGAUCUUCAUUCAUUGUCGUGGACAUCUUCUUCAAUUGGCUUUGGUCAGAGCAUCUGUGCUGUCAAAAGACAUUUCAAAAGCAAUAAGUCUCAUGUCUUCGAUGCAUUCUUUUUUCGACAGAAGUCCGAAACGUUUGAGUACUUUGGAAAAUAUCCAAAUAUCGUUAGACCAAAAGAAAAAAUUAGUACAACCCUCCUGGACUAGGUGGUUGUCGCACGAAAGGUCAUUAUCUGUUGUUCUGGGGUCUCUUGAAGCAAUACUCAUAGCUUUAGAAAGCAUCUACCAAGAUGGAGGUGAUUUUUGUAGCGAUGCCGGGGGACUACUUCUCAUUUUGCGAUGUGAAAAAACUAUUGCAGUUCUUUCCUUAGUGUAA